AAUUAAUACUAGUAAUAGGAGCAGAUUGAUCAAACGUAGGCAUAAUUCUUUGUUUCUUGCUUACAUUUUAUUCCAAUAUGCUCGUAUUGUGAAAUUCCAUUCCCACUCCAACGGGCAACUGUUCACGUUUCCCAUGAAUCUUCAGGAUUACGAAUUCAAUCAUCUAAAAUAUACUACGACGUUCCCUCAAAAACUAAAGCUGAUACUGCAUUUUGUCGGAUUGCUAAGGGCAACAAAAUCAAGUAGAAAUGGAACCAAGAUUGUUCGAAGCGGCUCGUUCUGGAGAUAUAUCUGCAUUUCACUCAUUACUCGGGGAAGAUCCAUUUCUGCUUGAUCGAGUUGCCUUAAAUUCAGUCGAUAAUCCUCUACACAUAUCAGCAUUGACAGGACAAACAGAAAUCACAACAGAACUUGUGAGCAGAAAGCCGGCAUUCGCCAGGGAGCUAAAUGAAGAUGGUUUUAACCCGAUGCAUGUCGGUUCGGCAAAUGGGCACACUGAAAUAAUACGAGAGCUUAUGAGAGUUGGAUAUGAUAUAUGUCUUUUGAAGGGAAAAGAUGGUAAGGUUCCACUUCAUUGCGCGGCUCUAAAAGGGAGAGUUGACGUUGUUAAGGAACUGAUUUGGGCUUGCCCUGAGUCUAUUAGAGAAGUGACUGCUUUGGGCCAAACUGCUCUUCAUUUGGCUGUGAAGAGUAACCAGAUUGAAGCUGCAAAGGUCUUGAUUGAGGAGGUGAGGAGGUUACAGAUGAUGGAAAUUUUGAAUUGGAAAGACAAGGAUGGGAACACCAUAUUACAUCAGGCAACCUUCAACAGACAACAUGAGAUUAUAGGUUUGUUAAUUGGUCAAGAAGCAAUUGUUUCUGGGGUUAACGUAAAUGCCAUGAACUCAAGCGGAUUCACACCAAGGGAUGUCCUAGAUCUUUUGCUGCAAGCUGGAGGUGAUUUUUAUGAUAUUCGUAUUUAUCAGAUGUUUCAGCAAGCUGGAGCUGUGAAAGCCCGAGAAAUCACAACAGACUCUGCAGCUUAUUUUCAAACUCAAGCAGAAAGCUUUAACAACACGCAAAUAGUGCGAUCUUCUUGUUCAUGGAACCUAUGGAAGGAACUGAUGAAAGAGGUUGCGGAAUCAUCAACCGAAACUCAAAAUGCACUAAUGGUUGUUGCAGUCCUGAUAGCAACGGUCACAUACCAAGCAAUUCUUAGUCCUCCGAGUGGUUUUUGGGAAGCAGAUAAAAGAAAAUCCUCGAUCAUCAAUGUUCAGAAGAGAACUAUGCUGCCUGGAGAGGCUGUCAUGGCUAGCGACCCUGAAAUCUUUGCUGUGUUCACUGUUUUUAAUGCAAUUGGUUUCUUUGCAUCACUUGCCAUGAUAUCUCUCCUGACCAGUGGAUUCCCUCUCAGGGCAGGCUUACGGCUUGCCAUACUUUCAAUGACUGGUACUUACGUAAUAGCUGUAAUCUAUAUGGGUCCAACCAAAAUGAGAGAAGUAUAUAUAGUGGUUAUUUUUAUGGGUCUUCUUUUUGUUGCGGAGUUGGUACGGUUCACCAUGUGGCUGCUGAAAAAAUGGGAAGAAUCAGUAUUACCUCCAACUUAUCCUAGAAAGUGUCUUGCUAUUUUCAUUACUAUUCCUUUUUCUUAUUUUUUCCAGUAUUUUUCAAUUUAUUUGGUAAGACCGAUGGUACUUAAAAGCACUGGCAAGAGCUGGUUCAAAUAUUUCCAAAAUGAGGAAGACAGAGACUCGCCUCGCGACCUCCAAAAUCAUCUCCUAACAGUUGCCACCCUCAUAGCUGCCGUGACCUUCCAAGCAGGGGUGAAUCCUUCCGGUGUUGUAUGGCAAGAUAAUGGCAAUGGAUAUGACAUAUUGCAGGCGGAGCUAUUUUAUGCAUCUCAACCACCAGCCUUCUAUGUUUUCUUGAUUUCUAACAACUCUUGCUCUUUCGGUGACUUAUGGUUUGCAAUAUUUGCUGUUAUUCCGCGUGAAUCACUGAAGUUUCAUUAUGCUACGGCUACAGCUACUGUGCCUUUCAUAAUUCAGUGCUUGAUUAGAUGUUCAAUAGUUUGUGCAUUACAGCAAAGCAAUCUGACUUCUGCUUUUGCGAAACAGACCGCUAAUAGCCGUUUAAGCACAGGCAAGAGCUGGUACAAGCAUUUCCAGUAUGAAGAAAACAGAGACAAGCCUAGCGAUGUGCGAAACGUUAUGUUAGUAGUUGCAACUCUCAUAGCUGCCGUGACCUUUCAAUCUGGGGUCAACCCUCCUGGCGGGGUGUGGCAAGAAAAUGACAAUGGACCUGUAGCAGGCAGAGCUAUUUAUGCAUCUCAGUCGCCCGCCUACUAUGUUUUCUUGAUUGCUAACACUAUGGCACUUUCCGCCUCAAUACUUGUAAUCAUCUCUCUCACCUACAGAUUUCCUUUCCAUUUUGAAGUUAUUGUUGCCACAAUUUCGAUGAUCGUGACUUACGCUUCUGCAAUUUUUGCUGUUACUCCCCGUGAAUCUGUGAAGUAUCGGUAUGUCAUAACUGCAGCCUCUGUGCCUUUUAUAAUACGGUUUUUGAUUCAGCUCUUCAACGUUGAAUUCAGAAAACAGGAAGGAAAGAUCACCGCCGGUAUUUCCCAUGGAAGGGACGAGAAUGGCCUGCAGGAUUGCAGUUCAACGUCAGUAAUAAUGAAGAACCGUUCAGAAAAUGAAAUAGGUGCUUCAAGCCUUCAAUUCAAUUUAAGCUUCCAGAGCAAUCUGUCUUUUUCAUCGCUGGCUUUGUGCAUUACCGCAAGGCAAUCUGAUUUAUGCUUUUGCGAAAAAACCGCCAUAGAUAGUGGCUUUGCUAACAUAAGAUGGAGCUCGACAAGAGAAGUCAUGGCUGACAUAAGAUUAAACACGUAUGACAAAUCGAGAAAUACAAAUCAUAUAAAUUAUCUCUUGGUAGUGGAAAGUGGACGUGUCUAUCAGGCUUUGUCCGAAUUAACAACAAUAUCAACAAUUUUUGUUUUCUCCCUUAAUUUCCUUGUUUUCUUCUUAUAUUUCCCCAUAAACAAAAGUUUCAUAUAUCCAAAUAAACGCAACCCUUUCCAACUCGUUAAAUUCUAUUUGUGCUUCAACCAAAGAGAAUAUAUACCAUUCGAAGAGCAAAAAUUCAGCAUGUCCUCAUCGCUUAAGAAGAUAGUUAGCCGAUUAAGCACAGGCAAUAGCUGGUACAAGCAUUUCCAGUAUGAAAAAAACAGAGACCAGCCAAGCGAUGUGCGAAACGUUAUGUUAGUAGUUGCAACCCUCAUAGCUGCCGUGACCUUUCAAGCUGGGGUCAACCCUCCUGGUGGAGUGUGGCAAGAUAAUGGCCAUGGACAUGUUGCUGGCAGAGCUAUUUAUGCGUCUCAGUCAUCAGCCUACUAUGUUUUCUUGAUUGCUAAUACUAUGGCACUUUCCGCCUCAAUACUUGUAAUCAUUUCUCUCACCUACAGAUUUCCUUUCCAUCUUGAAGUUGUUGUUGCCACAAUUUCGAUGAUCGUGACUUACGCUUCUGCAAUUUUUGCUGUUACUCCCCGUGAAUCUGUGAAGUAUCGGUAUGUCAUAACUGCAGCAUCUGUGCCUUUUAUAAUACGGGUUUUGAUUCAGCUCUUCAACGUUGUAUUCAGAAAACAGGAAGGAUUUCACUGUGGUAUCUCUACAAUUGUACCCAGUUUAACGUCAGUAAUAAAGAAGAACCGUUCAGAAGAUGAAAUAGUUGCUUCAAGCCUUCAUUUCAAUUUAAGCUUCAUCUUUUUGCGCGUUACAGCAGAGCAAUCUGUCUUUUUCACCACUGGCUUUAUGCAUUACAGCAAAGCAUUCUCACUAUUGCUUUUGCGAAACAAACCGCCCGUAGAUGAGAAACAACCUUUCCUUCAUGGAAAAUUUUUAAUUACAAGAGAAGAGAAGUAUGAAUCAAAAUCAAAAUUAAUUUUGAUUAAUAGUGUAUCUUCACAUGUAGUUAAACUUGUUUUUUUCCAAGUUCUUACAAUUAAGAUGAGCACGACACCAUUGAAUCAUAAAUUAAUAAUUUUGGCUAUACCUAAUGGCUUUGCUGACAUAAGAUGGAGCUCCGAGAAAAGAGGCAGAGCAAUUUUUGCAUCUCAGUCAUCAGCCUACUAUGUUUUCUUGAUUGCUAAUACUAUGGCACUUUCCGCCUCAAUACUUGCAAUCAUUUCUCUCGUCUACAGAUUUCCUUUCCAUCUUGAAGUUAUUGUUGCCACAAUUUCGAUGAUCGUGACUUACGCUUCUGCAAUUUUUGCUGUUACUCCCCGUGAAUCUGUGAGGUUUCGCUAUUCAACGUUGUAUUCAGAAAACAGGAAGGAUAGAUCACCGCAGGUAUUUUCCCUCGCAAGGAGGAGAGUGACCGCCAGUUUAAUGUCAGUAAUAAUGAAGAACCGUUCAGAAAAUGAAGUAGUUGCAUGUGUGGGCUUUGUUUAUAUAUAUCUUGGCAGUGGCGAGUGGAGGGGUCUAUCAGAAUCGAAUCUGAAUAAUACUUUCUUUUCUCCCAUAAUUUCCUUGUUUCCUUCCUUAUAUAUCCCCAUAAACAAAAGCUUCGUAUAUCACCAAAUAAAAGCAAACCCUUUCCAACUCUUUAAAUUCUGUACUUCAACCAAAGAGAAAAUGGUUGGCACUUCUUUCAAGGACUGGUGUCGAUUUUUUCAGUACAAUGAAGGUACUACAGAGGAGGAUGAAGUGAAGAAUAGAGCCGAGGCACGCAAUGCUCUCUUAGUAGUUGCGACCCUAAUAGCUGCUGUGACCUUCCAAGCAGGGGUUAACCCUCCUGGCGGCGUAUGGCAGGAGGAUAAUGAGACCCAAGCUGGGGCUAACCCUCCUGGGGAUAGCCGUGCAGUGCAAGAAUCAUGUAAAAGGGGUGAAUAUAAACCAGGCACAGCUAUUUUUGCUUGUGAAUCAUCAGCCUACUAUGUUUUCUUGGCAUCAAACACCCUAGCCUUUUCUGCAGCGGUACUUGUUAUUCUGUCUCUCAUGCAUAAAUUUCCUUUCAAGUUUGAAAUACGGGUUGCAGCUAUUUCAAUGAUUAUAACUUAUGGAUCUGCUAUUUUCGCUGUUACUCCGGAGGAUUCGGGAGACGAGUAUGAAGAUAUCACGAAGUUUCGAUUGGUCUUGAUUAUAGCUGCUGCCCCUUUAGUAAUGCGCUGUUUGAUCCAGCUAUUCGUUAAGUUGAGAAACAGGGAACCAGAGCCCCCAUGUUUGAUCCGGGCGUUUGCCAAGCCUAGAAAUAAGACAACAGAGGCCAUGAGAGACGAAAGUCUGCACGCAAUGAACAAACUCAAAGAACAUUGUUAUUGCAAAAUCAGAAAAAUGGCUAGCCCUUCUUUGAGCACAGGCAAAAGUUGGUUUAAAUAUUUCCAGUACGAAGAAGGGCGGGACUCUCCUAGCGAUGCUCGCAACGUUCUCUUGGUAGUCGCUGCUCUGAUCUCCGCCGUGACUUUCCAAGCGGGUGUCAACCCUCCUGGCGGAGUUUGGCAAGACAAUGAAGAUGGCCAUGUUGCAGGCAGGGCCAUAUACGCCGCUCAAAAGCAGGCCUUCUAUGUUUUCUUGAUCUCUAACACUCUGGCUCUUUCCUCAUCCAUUCUUGUUAUCAUUUCUCUAACAUAUAAGUUCCCUUUUCAUUUUGAGAUAUGGGUAGCCACGGGUUCCAUGAUUGUAACCUACGCAUCAUCAGUUUUCGCGAUCACGCCUCGUGAAUCUGUCAGAUGUUCAACAGGUGCAGACUCAAAUUCUCCACCUAGUACAAAUUUCGAUAAUAAUGGAGGAAUGAUGAGGUUCUCUUCACUUUAUCUCAACCAAAUGAGAAAAAUCUUGGAUGCAGAGAUGACUCUUGCUAUUUUACAGGAUCAUUUCUACUCCAGCAGAGUAGUUGCCUAUGGUUGUACAUGUCCCAUGUCCCCUCCAAAAGAAUAUAGACAAAAGUGUCAAAUUGAGCAAUUUGUCAUCUUUACCGAAAAUAACCACAAGAAAACAGCAUUGUUUCUGUACAAAAUUGUUUUGACACCUCACCUAAUUCUAUCCCCACGUCCGAGUCUUUAA